AUGAAGGAUUGUGACAAUGAAAGUGUGAAAGAAGAUAUGGAGUUACCAGUAUUUGAUUUGGCAGCCAUAACAAAUGCCACAGAUAAUUUUUCAAACAGCAACAAGCUGGGAGAAGGUGGCUUUGGACCUGUGUACAAGGGUACAUUGUCAGAAGGGAGAGAUAUAGCUGUGAAGAUGCUUUCAAAUAAUUCUACACAAGGACUGAACGAGUUAAAAAAUGAAGUUAUUUUGAUUGCUAAACUUCAACACCGUAAUCUUGUGAAGAUUCUUGGUUGUUGCAUUCAAGAAAAUGAAAACAUGUUAAUCUAUGAAUACAUGCCCAACAAAAGCUUGGAUUGCUUUAUUUUUGAUCAAGCAAAUAGUAAAUUACUAGACUGGCAUAAGCGCAUCAACAUUAUUAAUGGUGUUGCUAAAGGGCUUCUUUAUCUUCAUGAAGACUCUAGACUGAGAAUUAUCCAUAGAGAUCUCAAAGCUAACAAUAUCCUUCUAGAUAACAAUAUGAAUCCAAAAAUUUCGGACUUUAGCCUGGUUAGAUCUUUUUGGGGAGAUCAAAUUGAUUCCGAGACCAAUAGGAUUAUUGGAACAUAUGGUUAUAUGUCUCCUGAGUAUGCGAUGCAUGGACAGUACUCAGUCAAAUCUGAUGUAUUUAGCUUUGGAGUUUUAGUAUUAGAACAAAGACCGGAAGAUAGACCAAACAUGUCAUCUGUGAUUCAAAUGUUUAGUAGUGAGAGCUUAUUGCCUAAGCCGAAACAACCGGGUUUCUUUACAGAUUCACCUAAAGCAGAUUCUUCUUCUAGCAAGCAUGGAACUUGUUCAGGAAACGAAAUGACCACUACAAUAAUUGAAGCACGAUAA